UUGUUAUACAUGGUUACUGAACAAACGUUAAGCAAGGUUUACGGGAGAGCUGUUGCCAUUAGUGAUUAAUUAUUCGGAAAUGACCAAUAUUCGAUCCAUAAUAUUUCAUCUUAUUAUAACGAAAUACAUAUAAUAGUAAUACAAUAUAUUGGAAUCGAAUUACUGGAAAAUGUAACAUUGGAAUCGCUGGCCUGUUUGGUUUUAACGGGGUGGUUCGUGUACGCGCUCUCUUACUUCAUUAGCCUUGGAGUUCUAGCUUCAUCAUUUCGUUCCCCACGUGUAAAUAACAUUCAGCACCACGGACAGCAACCGAGAGGUGGAAAAUAUUCAGCGUCAAUCUCGUUAUUUUAGCGGGUAGGGGACCAUUUGCGGUUUGCGAACUGUCUGUGAUGGGCUGCGACCAAUCAUGAUGAGGGGGCGGGCAGGCACCACGCAGCGCCUCGGUAGCUAAGGUGGGAACUGCUGUAGGAGAGACUCGCGACUGAGCUCGAGAGAUGGGCUUCAGGCUCUGAAUUCUUCCACAUAACAGUGCAGCGCGCGUUUGGUGAGAUUCGUUACGGCUUUUCUCGCAGUGGCUGUUCAGAUAACCGAGCGGAGACCGAGGCUCAUAUUCCGAGAUCCACCACUUUUUUUCGUCUCACCUGCACGAGCGGUGAACAGGAGAGGAGACCUGAAAUGGAUCAAGACAAAUACUUGCCGGAGCUGAUGGCCGAGAAAGAUAGCCUGGACCCUUCGUUUGUUCAUGCAAUGCGCCUUUUGGCUGAAGAGAUCGAGAAGUACGAGGGGGAGGACCUGAGGAAGGACGGGGACGUGCAGAAGUACCUGGACGUCAUCAGCAACAAGAACAUCAAGCUGUCGGAGAGGGUCCUCAUCCCCGUGCAGCAGUACCCCAAGUUUAAUUUUGUGGGGAAGCUCCUGGGGCCACGGGGAAACUCCAUGAAGAGGCUACAGGAGGAGACGGGCGCCAAGAUGUCCAUCCUGGGCAAGGGUUCGAUGCGGGACAAAGGAAAGGAGGAGGAGCUGAGGAAAAGCGGAGAGGCGAAGUACGCCCACUUGAGCAACGAUCUCCACGUCUUAAUUGAAGUCUUCGCUCCGCCCGGAGAAGCCUACUCCCGCAUGAGCCAUGCCCUGGAGGAGAUUAAAAAAUUCCUAGUCCCGGACUACAACGACGAGAUUCGGCAGGAGCAGCUGAGGGAGCUGUCCUACUUGAACGGGUCGGACGACAGCAGCCGGGGGAGGACCGCCCGCGGUCGGGGGCUGCGGCUGGCUACCACGGCAACCACCAGGGGACGAGGGGGAGCCGUCCCGCCCCCGCCCCCAGGCAGGGGUGCAGCCGCGCCCCGGGGGGCAAUGGGGACCCGCGGGUCACUGCCCACCGCCCCGUCUGCGAGAGGUGUCCCCACCCCGAGGACCAGGGGGACCCCGGGGGCCCCAGGAUACAGACCCCCCCUGCUGUCAGCCACGCACGAGUCCUACGACGACUACGGGUACGACGACGGUUACGACGGGGAGUACGACGACCAGAGCUACGACGCGUACGACGACAACUACAGCAGCCAGUCGAAGAGCACCUCGGAGUAUUACGAAUAUGGCCACGGCACCAUCGAGGAGGCCUACGACAACUACGCAGAAGAGGAGUGGACCGCGGCUCGCCCCAGCCUCAAAGCCCCGCCCGCCCGGCUCGCGCGAGGGGGCUACAGAGAACACCCCUAUGGUAGAUAUUGAAGUAAAAGCAUGAAGUUUCCACAGAACUUGGUGCUUCUCGGUGCCCUUUAGUGAACCCCGGUCUCCUCUCUGAAGGCAAGAAUGAAUUGAAACUUUUCAAGUGAUGCUAACCCAGCUGUAGAUAACUUCUUUCCUUUUAAUAUCUGUUAGGUUCAUGAUGUUAAAUAUUGAGUUUGUAAAUUUAAUUUUAAUUUUGUUAUUGGGAUUGAAAGCAACCAGCUAUGUAUGCAGCUAAAUUUAAGUGCUCUGUUCAGUGUUUAACUUGUAUUUGUAUAUAAAACAUAAUAAAAAGAACAUAACGCAACAUGUGUAAGCUUCUCUAAAUAGGUGACCAUAAAUUGUCAAAUUUGUUUUGCCAUAAUUUGUCAAUAAAGCUGCAAUCUUUUUUGUAAAAAAUAUAAACAUUUGAAUUACUUGUUUCUAGCACUAAAUGCCUGCUUUAUUUCUCCUUCAGGAAAUGGCUAAAAUGUUUUGAUACGUUAAAAAGAAAUCAACAAAAAAUGAAUUUUAGAAAUUUUUGUCUUAAGUCAUUUUUUGUGUAACAAUAGAUAAGCUGUAUUAAUACACUAAGAAGUAUUGUUAAAUAAUUUUAAAGCGCUAAAUUGUUCCUUGAAUCUUGGUUAGUCAUAUAAAUGUAUAACAUGUUAAUGAUAAGCAACUGUUUAGAACAAUAAAUGGAUUUUUUAAACUA